UCUGGCCUCUGCCACUGUUCAUCAUCAGCAGCAGCCGUCAACUACCAGGUGCCUUUUUCUCCCUCUCCCACUUUCUUCUUUCUCCUUCCCCUGCUCCGCCGUGUCCGAAACGUCGCGCUAUCCGUAUCCGUGCGUCCCGCCGUAUCAGGCUUUUUUCCGGCGUGUCCGACGCGUGUCGACACGGGGAUACGCAUGGGUUGAGCGGUAUCCGUGCUUCAGAGGUCACAUUUGAUUAAGUGCAAGUUUCUGCUUCUCUGUUGAGAAGUCCCGGUUGGUUCAUCGUUUAACUGAGUAGUGUAGAAUGGCAAAGGGUUUGAUAUGGGCGACAGCAGAGGAGUUGCAUAAUAACAGGGCCCGAGUUCUAUCGCUGUAUCGUCAGGUACUGCGAAGCUUGAAUUCCCCUGAUUUGCCGCUCACCUUCGCGGCAAGAAUGGCGAAGAAAGCAGAGGUGCGGGCAAUGUUCUGGGUGGGUUCUGAUGAACGCUCAACUCACAACAUUGCUGACCUGAUUGACGCUGCAGAGUACUCUCUCUCCUUUCUCAAAAAAGGCCAACUCCCCCCUCGAUACAUCACUUGAAAUAAUCACUUUAAUUUUUUUUUUUCGCAAUUCUAUUCUAAAGGCUUCAUUGUUUUAUGAACUGAAUGCUUGUCUAAUGUGUAUGUAACCUUUGCAACUAUCUAUCCAAGGGAUAGAAAUAUCCCACUUCUCCUGAGUGGGUUGAUCAAAACCUUCAUGAGAUAACCAAGAUACCUUACUAUUGAAAGGUUCUAUGAUAUCGAUUUGGCAGGGGGACAUCCCAAAGACAUAAGAGAGGAGAAUGCGGUGACUUAAAAGAGAGGUUGUAAGAUGGUAUUGAAAUUACAACCAGGGAUCCAUGGCCAGAUGAUAUAUUCAUGCAUCCAUUGGAGAUCAUGCCAUAGCAAUUGGUGAAGCUGAGGAUAUGUGAUCCCAUAGUCAGUGGCUAAGUGCAAGGCUUGAAUGGAUUUCUAGAGGAACUCUAUCCAAAAGUGCCCAUAUGCUCGAUCUUCAGCUUCUACCUUGUUCAAGUGGACUUAAUUGGAACGAGAAUGUAGUACUGAACCAACCUCUAGAUGGUGGAAUGCAGUAUAUGUGAAAGGCUUAAACAAAUAGUUAAAUUCAAUUAUUUGCGUUGACAAAAAGUUUGCAAAUUAAAGUCUAAAUGUUUUGUGUGA